GGUAACUGCAAAAAACAGAGUAUUUAUGAAGAGAAAGUUGAGUUUGUGAAAGUGUUUUUAGUAAUCUUUUUUGAGAUAAAAGUUAAGUAGGAGAAGAAGAUAUGUCUGCAAAACUUCUGUAUAACUUGUCAGAUGAGAAUCCAAAUCUGAAUAAACAGUUUGGAUGCAUGAAUGGGAUCUUUCAAGUGUUUUACCGGCAACAUUGUCCGGCGACACCAGUCACCGUCUCCGGCGAUGUAGACAAGUCUUUGCCUCCAGGGGAAAGAAGAGGUAGCGUCGGUGAAAUUAACAUGGAAAGUGAUAAAGAAACGGAGAGGAGUAGUACCAAGAAGAAGAAGUCUGCAGCGAAGGAGAAGCAUAGAGUCUCUUCUGAAUCCUCUUCGAGGCCUUCAUUUUCGUCUUCUCCACGCUCCUCGAGCUUCUCGUCUGCAGAAGUCAGUACCACAGCUUCUCAAUUUGAUCCGCCUGGUGAGAACCUGAUCAGAGAACAUCCCAAUGGUGGCCUGAUGAUGCCGUAUGAUCUUAAGGAGCUUGUGAAAGGCUCUAUUAAUAGAGAAAUGAGAACUAGAGGCGAAGAAGCUGCCUUCACUCAGCAGCAGCAGCCCAAUUCAGCUCGAACUAGCAUGUUGCUUCUCAAAGAAUCAUCAUUGCGUUCACCAUAUCGGAGUUCUAAUGAGUGGAAUGAAGGAAGAGGAAUGGCUAUGAAGUUUAAGGAAAGUCAUCGGCUUUCUUAUGAUGAGAGGGAGAUGAGAAACAACGGGUUCAAGGUGGGUUCGAAGUUGAAAGAGACACCGAGGUUGUCGUUGGAUAGUAGAUCGAAUUCCUUUAGGAGUCCGAGAGCAGAUGCUGCGAGAUCGAGUUGUCCAGAGGAACCCGCAACAAUGAAUCACAGGAGAUCAAGUUCGAGUGUUGUUGCCAAAUUGAUGGGUCUUGAAGUCAUUGCAGACAAUUCUGAUACUGAACAGAGAAGAGAGAACCGGUUUUGUGACUCUCCAAGGCCAAUGUUCAGAGUGGAACCAGCUCUACAGAGAUCUAGAAGCGUAGAUUCGAUCAAGAGGAUACCUGCUUCAGCUGCUUCUAAGUUUCCAAUGGAACCAGCUCCAUGGAAGCAAAUGAAAGCAGGCGACUCUGCACUGACUGUAUAUGGUGAAAUUCAGAAGCGGCUUACGCAGUUGGAGUUCAAAAAGUCAGGAAAAGAUCUCAGAGCUCUUAAGCAAAUACUUGAGGCUAUGGAGAAAACGCAGCAGUUGAUAGAUGAAAGCAGAGAUGACAGUACUCUGAGUACAACCACUCUUAUGCAGAGAACUCACCAGUCAGUUCCAGCAGCAACAAGUCCAGCCAGGAACUUCAAAUCUUCAUCGAUCGUUGUUAUGAGAUCCGCGGCUCCAGUUUCCACCUCUCCGCUGCCACAGAAUGUCGCCUUACCAAAUGUCAAGGUUGGAAACUCUAGACAAACCCGGAAAGUCACCUCGGGGAAACAGAACGCGAUGGUUUUAACCCCUAGGCCAGGCCUUUACAAGGGCCAACUCGAUUCCACGAAGAGCAAUAGCCCAAAAUCAUUACGGUCGAGGCAAGCUUCGGCUGCGGAUGCUGGUUCCAUGACCAAGUCAGGUAGGAGCCAACAGCACAGUGUCAGCCCAAGAACGCAGCCAAAAAAGCUCGGGUUCGAGAAACAGUCUCGACCCACAACGCCAAAAUCAGAGCCAGGCAAAAGGCAACUCGGAAGGCAGCAAACCGAGGUAGCCUCCCCGAGAAGAAAACAGGUGAUAAAACCUCACAUUACUCUUCAGCAACCUGAUGACCGAUUAAGCGAUGCAAGCAGCGACUUGAGGAGUCUAAGAUCUGACAGCAACAUAAGCUUGGGGUCGAAUGUUGACAUCGAGGUUACAAGCAGACAUAGGCUGGAGAGGAACUGUGACUUCCCAGAGCAGCACACCCCAAAACAAAGGAGUCCAGACUUUGGAAUCAAACAAGACAGACCAUCCCUAAAACCUCUGAAAGUUACCGUUGAACAACCGAGCCCUGUUUCAGUUCUUGAUGCAGUCUUCGACGAAGAGGAUUCACCGUCCCCUGUGAGGAAGAUAUCCCUUAGUUUUAAAGAGGAGGAUGCUUUACGUUCUGAAGAAUCUGAGUGGAUAAACAAGCCUACCAGCUUCUGCAGAUCCAUACUAUUUCCCCAGAGUAACCGGGGCCCAACGAAGCCAAGUUCUGAUCUUUUUGAAUGCUUCCCUGAAGAAGGUGCAGACUUCAAAAGCGGCAACCACAAGUACAUCUUAGAGAUAUUGUUGGCCUCAGGGAUUCUAAGAGAUCUUGAAUACAGCAUGAUAAGCUUUCAGCUGCAUCAAACGCGCCUCCCAAUCAACCCUGGACUGUUCUUUAUCCUAGAACAGAAUAAGGCCAGCAAUGUGACUCUACCGGACAACAAACACAGAGGCAGAGGAUUCAGACAACAGCAGACAAAUCCGACAGAGAAAAUUAGGAGAAAACUCGUCUUCGACACCGUUAACGAGAUUGUAGCUCGGAAGUUCACUGCAGAAGGCUGUAUCAAACCACGUUCAACCGCAAAUCCACUCAAAAAAAUGGAGAGAAUAUCAAAAGAGGAGCAACUUCUGCAGACUCUGUGUUCAGAGAUUGAUAGGUUACAACAAAACAACUCAAACUGUAUCUUGGAGGACGACGAGGAAGACAUCAUAUGGGAGGACCUGCAAAGUCAAGUCAUGAACUUGAAGGAGUUUGAAGGAGAGACUCCAGGAAUUGUGUUAGAUAUUGAGAGAAUGAUUUUCAGAGACUUGGUUAAUGAAGUUUGCUUCUGCUAAUUUUUUAUGGUUAUCACUUAGAAUUGUAAAUGAAGUAAUCUUAGAGAGGAAGAGAACCUUUGGUCUCUGGGUUUUCAGCCCUCUUGCCUGUUCUGUUCUCUUCCCACUUGUUUGUUGUAACCAGCAUAUAAUAUAUACAGGUCUAAUUAAUAAAUAACAGUAUUUAAG